AUGGCUUAUGGACAGGCCGGUAGUAUGUUGAAGUUCUUUCGUGACAAGAUAGCUGAGAAUCCAUCAUUCCAAUAUCAUUUGCAGUUGGAUUGUGAGGAGCAUAUAGCCAACAUAUUCUGGGUUGAUGCUAAAAUGCUACUUGACUAUGCACACUUUGGUGAUGUUGUCACUUUUGACACUACAUUUGGCACGAACAAAGAGUAUAGGCCAUUUGGUAUUUUUCUUGGGCUCAAUCAGUUUAGAGAAACAACCAUUUUUGGUGCUGCAUUGAUGUUUGAUGAAACACGUGACUCAUAUAUAUGGCUCUUUGAGACAUUUCUAGCCGCACACAAUGGAAGGCAGCCUAGAACUAUCUAUAUCAAUCAAGAUGCAGCAAUGGGAGGAGCCAUAGAGAAGGUCUUCACAGAAUCAUAUCAUGGACUGUGUACAUUUCAUAUCAUGCAAAAUGAUGUCAAACAUUUAACUCAAGUGGGAGUGGAGGAUGAAGAAAAAGAGCCUCAUAUUCUCACGGAUUUUGGUGCUUGUAUGUAUGGAUAUGAGGACAAGGCAGCAUUUGAAGAAGCGUUUGACAAUAUGAGGCUCAAAGUGCAUAAGCAAACUUGGUUAGAUAGCAUCUACAAGGUGAAAGAAAAAUGGGUUGAAUGUUAUAUGAGAGAUGUCUUUAGCUUGGGAGUGAGAAGUACACAAUUAAGUGAGAGCUUCAACAAUGCGUUGAAAAAUCAUUUGAAAUCAGAUUUUCAUAUUCUUCGGUUCUUGAUGCAUUUUGAGAGGACGGUGGAAGUAAAAAGAACAAAGGAAUUGGAAUCUGAAUUCAAUGCAAGAAAAUAUAUACCGAGAAUUAAGAUGUUCACUCCUAUGUUGGUGGAAGCAAGCAAAGUGUACACUUCGAUUAUAUUUGAAGCUUUCCAAGGUGAGUAUGAAAGAUCAAUGGCUGCAUGUUGUAGAGUAUUGGAUGGAAAUAACAGAUUUGUCGUUGCUAUUGCGAGUUUGCAUGGUGAUUUAGAGUUUGAGGAGGAGCGCAUAGUGAUAGGUGAUCCUUUGACCAAAACGGUUUCAUGUAGUUGUGGAAUGUUCAAUAGGACGGGGAUAUUGUGUGGACAUGGUCUAAAAGUCCUUGAUUUGAUGAAUAUAAAGACAUUGCCGACACAUUAUGUCUUGAAGAGAUGGACUAGAGAAGCUCGCAAUGGAAGUAUAGAAGAUAAGGAAGGAAGGAAAGUGGUAGAAAAUCCAAAACUUGAAGCUCAACUUCGGUACAGGGAUUUGUCUCAUCAAUUUCACAAUGUGGCACAUAGAGCAGCCAGCUCCCCACAGUGUUGUUUGCUAUUGGCUAAUGCACUUGCCUCCGUUGCACCUAGCAUACAGGAAAUACUCAAUGCCACUAGUGCUAUGUAUGAACCAUAUAAAGACAAAGAGAAUGUUGACCCAAAUGUGCAGCAAAUAGAUGAAUUGCUUAGAGCUGCACGACUGAAGAAAAAAGAGGUUCCGGCAACAAAAUUAAGGAGAAAGCAAACUUGGCUUGAUAAGUUACUCAAGGGGAAGCGUAUACCAUUGAAAUCUACCGCACCGACCAAAACGGGAGAAAAUCCAAAAAAGAAGAAGGAUGGUGUGCAAAAAAAGAAGGAUGGUGUGCAAAAGAAGAAGAAGGAUGGUGUGCAACAAAAGAAGGAUGAUGUACAGCCUCAAGUACUAGUGGAGAAGUGUGACAACACCAAAGGAGUAAAUAUGGAGUCCCAAGAGUGCAAUGCUAUCAUGAGUUUCACCCAGCUCUUGAUGGCUCCGCCUUUGUAG